AUGCCGGAGGGAGAGGUGUCCAGCCCGGCGUCGUCCGGGGGCACGUCGUCCUCGCCGCCGCCAUCGCCCGGCGGCGCGAGGCGCCGCGGCGGCAGCGGUGGCGGGGGAGCGCAUCAUCAGAAGCGGGCGCGGGAGCGGGACACGGACGGCGGGAGGCCGCACCCGUCGUACCGCGGCGUCCGGAUGCGGGCGUGGGGAAGUGGGUGUCGGAGAUCCGCGAGCCGCGCAAGAAGUCGCGCAUCUGGCUGGGCACGUUCCCGACCCCGGAGAUGGAUGGGCGCGCGCGCACGACGCCGCCGCGCUCGUCGUCAGGGCCCCUCCGCCGUGCUCAACUUCCCGGACAUGGCCGCCGCGCUCCCGCGGCCGGCCUCCACUUCCCGCGCGACGUCCAGGCCGCCGCGGCGGCGCUCCGCGGCCAUGGAACCAGCUGCCCUGCUGCCGCCGGAUGCGCCCGCGGAAGCCGCCAGUGCCGCAUUGCAGGUGCAGCCCGCUCCGCCAGCAGCCGCCGGGCCGCAGCAGCAGCAGGACGAGGCGGAGCUGGAGGCGAUCGUGGAGCUCCCGCGGCUGGACGAGGACUAUGUCGUGACCACGUUCGGCUCCAUGCCCUGCUUGUCGUCGUUCGUCCACGACGUGGCGACGCCGUGGUGCGACGACACGGUGUGGGUCGACGACGACGCUGGCGGCUACGUGGCGGCGCAGCACGACGACCUGUUCGGGCUGGACGGCGAUCACGGAUGGGCGCAGUCGGUUGGUGCCCUCCUGUGGAACUUGUGA